UGGAUCCGUCCGGACCAGCAUUCCAAGGAGGACAUCGGGGAGCUCAUCAUCCAGGAACAACUGCUGAGCAUUCUGCCCUCUGAUGUAAGAACCUGGGUGAAGGAACAUGAACCUGAGGAUGGUCUGACUGCUGCAAAGUUGGCUCUACAGUACAUGAACGCACGGCGAGGAGGAGCAGCACGGUUCUCCAACCCUGGACCGCGACCUGUUCAACCAGCUGGACAUCAACGGUAUCCCAGAAACCCAAGACAGGAGGUUAAAGGUAUCACCAGUUCUCUGAAUCCACCAUCUAAUGGUAAGACAUUGAUUUGCUAUUAUUGCCAGCAGCUGGGCCACAAGGCUUCUGUGUGCCCAAUAAAGAAGACUAAGUUUACUGGUUCCUGCUAUGCUCCUAGAGUUGAAAAUCAAGCUGGAGUCAAAAACUUUGAAACUAGAACUCAUAAAACUGUGACUGUGAAUGGACAGCAGGUGACUGCAUUAAUAGACAGUGGUAGUUCCACAUCACUUAUAAAAAAGAGUCUUGUACCUGUUGGAUGUAUGAACUAUGAAAAGAAAACUGAGAUUUUGUGUGUGCAUGGAGAUUGUCAUGUUUAUCCAAAAGCAGAAGUGACUGUCAUUAUUGAUGAUCAACCAUAUUUGCUAACUGUUGGUGUGGUGGAAAACCUACCUUUUGAUAUAAUUUUGGGUACUGAUUUACCUGUGAUGUUUCAUCUUUUGGAAGAGGUACAAACCGAGGGGGGCAAAGUUAGCAAUGUUUCCUGUCCUGUGAUUACUCGUUCUCAGGCCAAAGAACAAGUUGAGUCCUUACCUGACUUUGAUGAGAGUUUGUUUGAAGUUCCAAAGAGGUCUAGAAAAUCCAGAAAACAGAAAAAAUUUGAGAAAAAGUUAAUGCUGAGUGGAAAUGUGUCAACAGAUUUAACGGUAGAUGACAUGUGGAAAAUACCUGAAAAUAUUGCUACUUUACAGAAACAGGAUGUGACUUUACAACCUUUGUUUGACCAAGUGGAGGAAAAAACUGAUGCUAAGUGGAGAGGAAGAGAAACUUUUGUGUUAAAAGAUGGUGUAUUGUAUGCUUGUAAUGAAAAACAACGGUUGAUAGUUCUAACUUGCUGUAGGGCACUUGUCAUGCAUUUGGCACACACCAUUCCAUGGGCAGGGCACUUGGGGCGUCACAAAACAUUUAUGCGUGUCAGCUCAAGUUUUUUUUUGGCCGUCAAUGUACAAUGACAUUAAUGCAUUGUGUGCUUCUUGUCCCACAUGCCAGAAGACUCGUCCUGCUUGGAAAUCAGAUCGGGCGCUCCUCCAGCCACUACCUGUCGUCUCCACUCCUUUUCGUAAGGUUGCAAUGGACAUUGUUGGACCCCUAGUGAAGAGUGGGCGUGGUCAUCAGUACAUCCUGGUAGUAUGUGACUAUGCCACCAGAUUUCCAGAGGCUUUUCCACUGCAUACCAUUACUGCUCCUGCAAUAGUUCGAGUUCUGGUCCAGCUAUUUUCAAGAGUUGGAAUCCCAGAUCAGAUUUUGACAGACCAGGGAACUAAUUUCAAUUCUAACCUCCUAAAACUCUUUCAUAAACAGCUUGGGAUCUCAGCCAUCAGGACGACGCCUUACCAUCCGCAAACUGAUGGACUGGUCGAAAGGUUCAACCAGACACUGAAGAGGAUGCUGCAGAAGUUUGUGGAUGACACUGGCAGAGAUUGGGACCGCUGGUUACCAUUCCUUCUCUUCGCCUAUCGUGAAGUGCCGCAAGCAUCAACUGGAUUCUCCCCAUUUGAACUCCUGUAUGGGUGGGAUGUUCAGGGACCAUUAGACCUGCUGAGAAAAAGCUGGGAUGCAUCAGAGACCUCAUCCAGUGCCAAAGGUGUGGUCCAGUACGUGCUGCAGAUGAGAGGUCGGCUUGCUGAGUACCAGGAAGAAGCUGAAAAGAACCUGCUGCAGGCUCAGCAGAAGCAAAAGAGGUGGUAUGACCAGCAGGCACGGCAAAGGGUCUUAAGUCCUGGACAGAAGGUGUUGCUUCUCCUGCCUUCAUCCACCAGCAAGCUUUUGGCAAAGUGGCAAGGGCCCUAUACCAUCAGCCGACAGCUAGGACCCACCACCUAUGAAGUCUACCAUCCUGACAAAAAGAAAGCUACACAGGCUUAUCAUGUGAACUUGCUAAAGGAGUGGAAAGAACUAUCAUGUCCAGCUCCAGAAACAUCAUGCCUGUUGAGGCCAGUGGAAGAGGAAGAAGAGGUUCCUGGUGUUGAAGUGAUGGCUAAACAGUCACCCCUUGAACGCGGUGUUCCUGCUUCAGUUAAACAUUCAUUCUAACUUAUUUUUAGCAUUAAACGUUUUCCCGGUUUUGUUUUCAAGUAGGGUGUUUCCGGAUUGUGGCAUGCCGGGAGAGAGUCACAUGAGGAGGUGAUGUCAUCAGAGCGCACUGGGUGUUGUCUAUUAAAUUGAGUAUUGUAUUUUGUUUACAAGUUUAUUUAUUUAUUUUUUCUAUUAUUAUUAUUUUGUAUACUUUACAAACUUCAAACUGAUUUGAAGUUUGAUUCAAAUCAGAAUCAAACUUCUGAUUUGAGUUAGAAAUAAUUAGUAUUUUUGCUAGUUUGGAUUGUCUGUGGGCGGAGCCUGUGGCUUUAAAAGCAGGGCUCUGCUCCACAGGAGGCAGUCUGUGGUUAGACUCCUGAAGAAGUCACGCUGGAGGUGAUGGACUAUUGCAAGUGAAGGUAUUAAUGAUUAUUUAACCUGCUCUGGAUGUCCUUUUUGUGUGAUCUGCACCUGCCAUCUUUGUGAGAGCUGAAUAGAUCCUCUUAAACGAUCUCCGACUUGGAACAGUCUUUUUUUUUUUUUUGACUAAAUCAUAAUAGAACCCCGUCACACAUGGUGUCAGGAGUGGGAUUAUGGCGAGCCGGAGAAGAGGAUCUCGUUUGGUGAAGCAAAGAUCUGGUCUUCGAUCACAAUCAAAGAUGGAAGAACAGGUGACUGACAAAGCAUGGGAAAGCAUGCCAACGACGGAUGGAUCAGAUGAGGAAGGUGAACCAAAGCCUGGCCCCAGUGGAUCAAGUGCAUCUGGCAGUGAGUUUCUCACUUUGAUGAAGGACUUUAUGGCAGGUCAGCAAAAGCGAGAGAAAGGGCUGCUGAAGGAACUGCGAAAUCUUAGGAUGUCCCUGCAGCAACCACAGCAAGUACCACGUCCUCACCUUCAGUCAGGAGUUGGUGCAGAGCAAAGUGACGAUGAUGAUGAUGAGGACGACGGUGAUCAAAGCCAUCAACCUCAGUCAGUAAGUUACACCACUGAUCCAAAAAUUCCCCCUUAUCAAUUAGGAGAAGACCUUGAAAACUAUCUGCUGCGGUUUGAGCGCAUUGCCAAGACCUGGAGGUGGCCAGAGAGUGAAUGGGCGUGCCGCCUCAUUCCACUCCUUUCUGGGAAAGCGCUGGAGGCCUAUGCUGCCAUGGAUGAGGACUGUGUUCACUGCUACAAGGACUUGAAAACUGCUUUGUUAACAAAGUUUGACAUCUCACCUGAGACAUACAGACAGAAGUUCAGAGCAACAAGUAUACCUGCUGGUGAAACUCCUACUGAAACCUACCACCGCCUUAGAGGUCUCUACUGACGAUGGAUCCGUCCGGACCAGCAUUCCAAGGAGGACAUCGGGGAGCUCAUCAUCCAGGAACAACUGCUGAGCAUUCUGCCCUCUGAUGUAAGAACCUGGGUGAAGGAACAUGAACCUGAGGAUGGUCUGACUGCUGCAAAGUUGGCUCUACAGUACAUGAACGCACGGCGAGGAGGAGCAGCACGGUUCUCCAACCCUGGACCGCGACCUGUUCAACCAGCUGGACAUCAACGGUAUCCCAGAAACCCAAGACAGGAGGUUAAAGGUAUCACCAGUUCUCUGAAUCCACCAUCUAAUGGUAAGACAUUGAUUUGCUAUUAUUGCCAGCAGCUGGGCCACAAGGCUUCUGUGUGCCCAAUAAAGAAGACUAAGUUUACUGGUUCCUGCUAUGCUCCUAGAGUUGAAAAUCAAGCUGGAGUCAAAAACUUUGAAACUAGAACUCAUAAAACUGUGACUGUGAAUGGACAGCAGGUGACUGCAUUAAUAGACAGUGGUAGUUCCACAUCACUUAUAAAAAAGAGUCUUGUACCUGUUGGAUGUAUGAACUAUGAAAAGAAAACUGAGAUUUUGUGUGUGCAUGGAGAUUGUCAUGUUUAUCCAAAAGCAGAAGUGACUGUCAUUAUUGAUGAUCAACCAUAUUUGCUAACUGUUGGUGUGGUGGAAAACCUACCUUUUGAUAUAAUUUUGGGUACUGAUUUACCUGUGAUGUUUCAUCUUUUGGAAGAGGUACAAACCGAGGGGGGCAAAGUUAGCAAUGUUUCCUGUCCUGUGAUUACUCGUUCUCAGGCCAAAGAACAAGUUGAGUCCUUACCUGACUUUGAUGAGAGUUUGUUUGAAGUUCCAAAGAGGUCUAGAAAAUCCAGAAAACAGAAAAAAUUUGAGAAAAAGUUAAUGCUGAGUGGAAAUGUGUCAACAGAUUUAACGGUAGAUGACAUGUGGAAAAUACCUGAAAAUAUUGCUACUUUACAGAAACAGGAUGUGACUUUACAACCUUUGUUUGACCAAGUGGAGGAAAAAACUGAUGCUAAGUGGAGAGGAAGAGAAACUUUUGUGUUAAAAGAUGGUGUAUUGUAUGCUUGUAAUGAAAAACAACGGUUGAUAGUUCUAACUUGCUGUAGGGCACUUGUCAUGCAUUUGGCACACACCAUUCCAUGGGCAGGGCACUUGGGGCGUCACAAAACAUUUAUGCGUGUCAGCUCAAGUUUUUUUUUGGCCGUCAAUGUACAAUGACAUUAAUGCAUUGUGUGCUUCUUGUCCCACAUGCCAGAAGACUCGUCCUGCUUGGAAAUCAGAUCGGGCGCUCCUCCAGCCACUACCUGUCGUCUCCACUCCUUUUCGUAAGGUUGCAAUGGACAUUGUUGGACCCCUAGUGAAGAGUGGGCGUGGUCAUCAGUACAUCCUGGUAGUAUGUGACUAUGCCACCAGAUUUCCAGAGGCUUUUCCACUGCAUACCAUUACUGCUCCUGCAAUAGUUCGAGUUCUGGUCCAGCUAUUUUCAAGAGUUGGAAUCCCAGAUCAGAUUUUGACAGACCAGGGAACUAAUUUCAAUUCUAACCUCCUAAAACUCUUUCAUAAACAGCUUGGGAUCUCAGCCAUCAGGACGACGCCUUACCAUCCGCAAACUGAUGGACUGGUCGAAAGGUUCAACCAGACACUGAAGAGGAUGCUGCAGAAGUUUGUGGAUGACACUGGCAGAGAUUGGGACCGCUGGUUACCAUUCCUUCUCUUCGCCUAUCGUGAAGUGCCGCAAGCAUCAACUGGAUUCUCCCCAUUUGAACUCCUGUAUGGGUGGGAUGUUCAGGGACCAUUAGACCUGCUGAGAAAAAGCUGGGAUGCAUCAGAGACCUCAUCCAGUGCCAAAGGUGUGGUCCAGUACGUGCUGCAGAUGAGAGGUCGGCUUGCUGAGUACCAGGAAGAAGCUGAAAAGAACCUGCUGCAGGCUCAGCAGAAGCAAAAGAGGUGGUAUGACCAGCAGGCACGGCAAAGGGUCUUAAGUCCUGGACAGAAGGUGUUGCUUCUCCUGCCUUCAUCCACCAGCAAGCUUUUGGCAAAGUGGCAAGGGCCCUAUACCAUCAGCCGACAGCUAGGACCCACCACCUAUGAAGUCUACCAUCCUGACAAAAAGAAAGCUACACAGGCUUAUCAUGUGAACUUGCUAAAGGAGUGGAAAGAACUAUCAUGUCCAGCUCCAGAAACAUCAUGCCUGUUGAGGCCAGUGGAAGAGGAAGAAGAGGUUCCUGGUGUUGAAGUGAUGGCUAAACAGUCACCCCUUGAACGCGGUGUUCCUGCUUCAGUUAAACAUUCAUUCUAACUUAUUUUUAGCAUUAAACGUUUUCCCGGUUUUGUUUUCAAGUAGGGUGUUUCCGGAUUGUGGCGUGCCGGGAGAGAGUCACAUGAGGAGGUGAUGUCAUCAGAGCGCACUGGGUGUUGUCUAUUAAAUUGAGUAUUGUAUUUUGUUUACAAGUUUAUUUAUUUAUUUUUUCUAUUAUUAUUAUUUUGUAUACUUUACAAACUUCAAACUGAUUUGAAGUUUGAUUCAAAUCAGAAUCAAACUUCUGAUUUGAGUUAGAAAUAAUUAGUAUUUUUGCUAGUUUGGAUUGUCUGUGGGCGGAGCCUGUGGCUUUAAAAGCAGGGCUCUGCUCCACAGGAGGCAGUCUGUGGUUAGACUCCUGAAGAAGUCACGCUGGAGGUGAUGGACUAUUGCAAGUGAAGGUAUUAAUGAUUAUUUAACCUGCUCUGGAUGUCCUUUUUGUGUGAUCUGCACCUGCCAUCUUUGUGAGAGCUGAAUAAAUCCUCUUAAACGAU